AUGGCUCUACCUCAAGACUACGAGUCGCUUCUAAACUAUGCUGAGUUGAUCCACGCUGUCUACUGCCAACUGACACACGGUUUGGCUAUCGACGUUGUCCACUGGUUCCAAUUUAGUGACUUCCCCCGUGAUCGUGAUCUGGGGUUUAUUGGCUUAGACCACACGUCUAAGGAGGUGGUAGUCGUGAUGGCAGGCACAGGCAACGACCACGAUUGGUUCCGCAACGCUCAAUUUAUCAGUGUCCCUCACGAGCUAUGUCAUCGGUGUUCAGUCCACCGAGGGUUUGGGAGAAUUGCUGGGAGUUUGGUCAAAGAACAAAAGGUGAUCAAGUCGUUGAUGAAGAAACAUCCUGACUACAAGCUCGUGUUUACCGGACACUCAUUGGGAGGAGCAAUUGUUCAAUUAUUUGCUCUACACUUUGUGGAAUAUUACGAUCAGAUGUUGGUGGUGACCUACGCCAGUCCUCGAGUGGGGAAUGUGGAAUUUGCAAAUCACAUGGAUCAGGUUUUGGAUACUCUCUCCCAUUGUCGUCACCUGAUUGAAACUCAGCGAUUAUCUGGAGGUCAUAUUCUGGUGACUCAUGUGGGAGACAUUGUUCCUGGUCUUCCGCCGGGCUAUGCUCAAAGUGGAUGUCAAUAUCAUAUCACCAAAGGGCCAUUACCUCAUCCACCUGACUCCUUGGUGAGAUCUGAUGCUAAAGCCGAAACAGGGGGCGACGAAGUUGGCGAACAAACGUGGGGCAGAAUAUGGCGUCAACAGGAACAUAAGCUUCAAAUGGCCCAUACUGAAUAUUUUAUCGACAUUCUGCUGUGCUAA